AUGGGAUACAAAAUCAAAGCUUUCGCUACAACUGACCAACCUGGCAAAUUCAAGGAAACCAGCUAUGAUGUGCCCAGUUUGGGGGAAAACGAAGUUUAUAUCAAAAUGAUCGCGUGCGGCAUCUGCCACACUGAUUGCUUGUAUAUGGAACAACCCGACAGCAUUUUGGGUCACGAACCCGUUGGUGAAAUUACUGAAGUAGGCUCCAACGUUACCAAACUAAAAAAGGGAGACAUUGUUGGGUUCUCCUAUCUGCAAAGCGCGUGUCUUGAUUGUGAGCAAUGUGAUUCAGGCAACGAUAUUAUGUGUCCUAAGCGUGUCAUGUUUCCCGAACGCAACAACAACGCAUUUGCCGAGGGGGCGGUUCGAGAUGCCAAGUUCGUUUACAAGAUUCCAAAGGAGCUGAAGCCGGAACAUGCCGCUCCUUUGAUGUGUGCUGGAUUGACCGUGUUUACGGCCAUUUACAACUCCAAGAUCAAGCCAACGGACCGUGUUGCUGUUGUUGGUAUUGGCGGUCUCGGUCAUCUUGCCAUUCAAUUUGCUCGCGCUUGGGGAUGCCAUGUCACAGCAAUUUCUCACAGUGCCGACAAGAAAGACGAGUGCAUGAAAUUUGGCGCUCACGAUUAUCUGUGUUCCAAAGAUUUUAACGAUGAUUACAUCAACAAGUGCGAAAAGUUCGAUUACAUUCUGAAUACUGUCAGUGCCAACCUUCCGUGGGAUGACUAUAUGCAUCUUUUGAAACCGAACGGCACUUUUUGUUUGAUUGGCAUUCCGAGUGGUUCGGUUGAGAUCAAGGAUGUGUUCACUUUGCUCAACCAACAGAGAGGUGUGCGAGGCUGUGUGUUGGGUGGACGUCACGUCAUUACCAAGAUGCUCGACUUUGCUGCUCAACACAAUAUUAAGCCACAGAUUGAGGAAUAUGGCUUUAAUCUGGAAGGAUUGGAAAAGGGCAUUGACCGAUGUAAAACAAGCAAAGCACGCUACCGAGCCGUGCUGGUGGCUGGAAAAUAA